AUGGAAGAAGUUCCCGCAACAGCAGAAGGUAUUAUAGUUCCCGAAAUAACAGAAGCUAUUGCAGUUGCCGAUAUACCAGAACCUACUGCUGCGAAUACAUCCUUCCUCAAGGCACUUUUUGAAAAGUACAAGGAUAGUCUAGUACCUAAUGUUAACAAGGAGUUCGUCCUUCUUGGCACAAGUGUUGUAGUGCUCCUUUUAUCCAGCUACAUCUAUUUAAAUUACGUUAAUACGCCCACCAAAAAAGAAGUGAAAAAGAAACAAGGUACCCCAAAAGAGACGAACAACAAAGAAGAAGAAAAGGAAAAGGAAAAGGAGAAAGAAAAGGAGAAAGAAAAGGAGAAAGAAAAGGAGAAAGAAAAUGCAAAGUCGGAUGAAUGGAAAGCAAAUGAGUGGAAACAAUGGAUGUCACAGUUAGACAAAGAUGCUGACUUAUUCACAACCUCUUUAGAACAUAAACGAGAACAAUGGCUAGUUCAAAGAGAACUAGAAUGGGGAGAAUGGAUAAAAUCAAUGGAAGAUAAAUGGAAUUGUUAUAACCAAAAUAUGGGUUCAGAAUACUACUCUGGUAUUUAUAAAAACACAGACCAGUGGACAGAUGAUGAAUGGGAGUAUUGGAUAAACACAGAAGCAAAAGACCUUAUGGAAAUGGACUGGAAUGAGUGGAUGUCAGAGAGUGAAUCCUAUGUAGAUGUAAUGUUGGUCAAGGAAUGGAUUCAAUGGAAAAAUAAUAAAAUUAUGGAGUGGAUUAUGAAAGACUGGAAAUGCAAGGAAGACCAAUAUUGGGAUGAGUGGGAAAAAAACAAAUGGUCAAAAUGGUUGUGUAUUAAUGAAAGGAGAAAAUGGUCACAGUGGAAAGAUCGACUCAGCAGAGAAACAGAACAAUGGAUCUCCUGGGUAGAAAAAAAAGAAAAACAAUACCUUGAUAAUGAAGACAGAAAAUUUUCUCAGUGGAAAAAAAACAAUUACCUUUUGUUUAACAAGUGGAUGGAAUCAUGUAUAAACAAAUGGAUUAAGGAAAAGCGUUGGAAGAAUAACUCCAUGCAGACCACUAGCACGGAGCAACCAGCAACCAUCUUCAACAGUUAUUAG